AUUGACCGUUAAGGAGACCUCAACGAGAUGCCUUCCAUCCGUCCACUGAGCCCCGAGCUCCAGAAAAAUGCCAUCGAGAUCCUGAACGAGGUCCCCAAAAAGUUGGAUGAUGAUAUAGCCGCUUUAAGGGAUUGGAUUAGGCAGCAGCCCCACUUGAAAGCCCGCACAGAUGACCAGUUCCUGGUGAACUUCCUAAGGGGUUGCAAGUUCAGCUUGGAGAGGACCAAGGCCAAGAUCGAUAGGUUCUACACACUAAGGACCAAGUACCCAGAGUUUUACCUGGGUCAUAAUGUCGAUGUGGAGAAACUGUUGGAUAUUUUCAAAUUAGGAACUUUAGUUAUUUUGCCACGUCCCCUAAACGAUAAUGGUCCGCGUUUGGCUAUGAUUCGCAUGGCCACUUACGAUCCAAGCAAAUACACCUUUCAGGAGGUAAAUCGAGCUGGUGGUCUCAUGCAGCAGAUUAUGCUCGACGAAGAUGAUGUGGCCAUUGUGAAUGGACUGAUUUCCAUUUUGGACCUUUCCAAUGUCACCACCGGUCACUUCCUGCAGAUGACACCGUCUUUUGCCAAGAAGAUGACUGUUUUCCAGGAAGAAGCCCUUCCACUUCGUCCUCAAGGUAUUCAUUUCAUCAACACUCCCAAUGGAUUUGAGACCGUAUUCAAUAUGAUCAAGCCCAUGAUGUCAAAGAAGCAGCAAGGACGGCUCUACGUCCACGGAACCAAAUGGGAAGCACUCUAUGACCAAAUCCCCAAGAAGUAUUUGCCUGUGGAAUAUGGAGGGGAGAAUGGUUCGAUCCCGGAACUCAUAAAGGAUUGGGAGCAGCGAAUUCUGGCCUACAGAAACUACUGGGAGGAGGAGAAGAACUACGGAACCGAUGAGAGUCUCCGAGUGGGUCAACCCGUGGAUUUCGAGAGUCUCUUCGGUCUUCAGGGCUCCUUCCGGCAAUUGAAUGUUGACUAAAGUUAAACCUUUUGCUAUAAUUUAAAAAAUACUUACAGCUGCAGCUCUUAUCUUAAGUUACAAAGGUGUAGGCAGUCAAGUUUAACUUGACUCUAAUCGAUUUUUGAUAAGCUCAGAGAUAAGGGCAUAAAACAAACAAAGAACUUAGCACGAAAUAAAAAAGAUAGUUAAAUUCCAUGAAUUUAAAUUAAUUCUA